AUGGCCAAUCUGGACUUUGACAAUUUGCAGAGCAAGCGGAACUACAGCCGCUACACAGCCUAUUCGCGGUCCAAGCUCGCCCAGGUGCUCCACGCCAACAAACUACAGCGCCGCCUCGAAGGGAGCGGAGUGACGAUCUGCGCGCUCCAUCCGGGCGUGGUGAACACGUCCCUGUGGCGCGACCUCCCCGGCCCGCUCAAGUACAUCGCCUUCGGCCUGGGCUCCGUCUUCUUCAAGACGCCCGUCCAAGGCGCCGAGACCACGAUCUGGGCGGCCACGGCGGACGAACUCGAGGGCGUCGGCGGCAAGUACUACUCCGACUGUCGCGAAAUCCCCUCAUCAGCCCAGUCGCGCGACAUUGAGGCGCAGGACAAGCUAUGGCGAGCCUCGCUGGAGCUGGUCGGACUGCCUGCGGAAGAAGAUGAGACUGAGGCCGAGAAGAAAGAGGAGGAUACCACCCACUAG